AUGUAAAGUUGUAAGAAGAUGUACCUAAAUUUUUGGACUAGAAUCUUUCAGUUAGUUGAUGAUCCUGAUUCUAGAAUCAGUUCUCCUAUUAGAUUACAAAUAGAAGUUAUGGAAGCUCUAGAAAAAUUUAAUAGGGAUUCACAUUCUGAAAUUAUAAGAUUGGCUCAUAAAGUCUUAGCCAAAGCAUAGAAAGGAACAUGGAAUAUAUUAUGA